UUUUUAUAACUAACCCAUCAUUAGUAGCUGUUUCUACUAUAUGUGUAGCUAGCUUACAGAGCUGUCUCGGUAGGCAAUAGGAAAGUCUAAUAACUAUGCUAAACUGUGAAGUUCAGGAAAAUGUCUUAGUCUGACAGUUACAUAAAUGGACUGAUGAUUACUUUUCAACUGUCGUGAAUUCAGCUAGCUAGCAGCCAGCCAGCCUCUAGCAAUGCCUCUCGUCCCUGCAAACCAGCCACAAUUGAUUCGCUCAAGUCAGAAGGACGAACAUUAUCAACACUGUCUGAGGAACAACGCGAAUGAAACUUUCCAGACUCUUGCAGGCAAGUAGGCAGGAUAGACCACUAUACCCUACAUGACAAUUUAUAACAUAGCUAUGCAUACAUAAGCUAGUCAGCCAUAUCCUCCUUUAUGAUGCACUAUAUAUACAAAAGUAUAUGGACACCUCUUCAAAUUAGUGGAUUCGGCUAUUUCAGCCAAACCUGUUGCUGACAGGUGUAUAAAAUCGAGCACACCGACGUGCAAUCUCCAUAGAUAAACAUUGGCAGUAAAAUGGCCUUACUGAAUAGCUCAGUGACAUUCAACGUGGUACAGUCAUAGGAUGCCACCUUUCCAACAAGUCAGUUCGUAAAAUGUCUGCCCUGCUAGAGCUGCCCCUGUCAACUGUAAGCGCUGUUAUUGUGAAGUGGGAACUUCUUGGCGCGACAAUGGCUCAGCUGCGAAGUGGUAGGCCACACAAGCUCACAGAACGGGACCGCCGAGUGCUGAAGCGUGUAGCGCAUAAAAAUCGUCUUUCCUCGGUUGGAACAUGUACUUUUGGUCAUGUAAUUAUAUUAUUCUUACAGUAGCCAUGUUUUUUUUUUCUUUACUCCUACAGGGUCCAAGAGAUGGCUGCACUGGAGAAAAGAGAUCGAACUCCUGUCAGACCUUGCAUACUGUGGUUUAACCACAUUCUCAGGUAGGGAAACAUACAGCUUCACCCCUGUAGUACAGUGUUAAAAUCUGAUAUGCAAGCAUACCAUUAAAGACAGACCAGACAAAUGGCAUCCAUCUUUGAUUUUACAAUGCCUUUCCUAACCACACGACCUCACUGUUCCUCCAUGUGUCAUCCAGGGUACCAAACGUUGGGUGAGGAGUAUGUCAAUAUCAUCCAGGUGGACCCCACCCUGUGCAGAGUACCGUCCCGUUCCAGACGAGGAGCCCUGGUGCUUCUCCACAGCCUGUUUCCUUACCUGCUGGACAAAUUGCUGGUGUGCCUGGAGAAUGAGCUGGAGGCAGGGGAGGAAAGCCAGGGAGGGGGAGGGGGAGGGGAGGCCGGAGAGCAGAAGUGGCCAGUCCCUGGAGCCCCGAAGCCUGGAGGAGAGGCUGGGUCCGGAGGGGGGUGGGGCAGCUCACGGAGCCCCAGAGGAGGGCGUGCGUGCCGGCCUUGUUGGCCCUCCAGCAGGGACUCUCCAUCCUCCACCGGUUGCACGUGGCCCUGUUUUACAUCAGCGGGGCCUUCUACCACCUGGGGAAGAGAACGGCCGGCAUCAGCUAUGUGGGUAUUUGUUUGAGAACCUAUGGAGGAACGGAGGUUUGUGUCAAUGACGUGAGCCCCAUUGUUAACCUUAGCAACUACCACAAAGGGUAAAGAAAGCUUCAGAAUAUGUUUUGCUUGACAUUAAGAUGCUAUAUAUUUUUUAUUUAAAACAUAUUCAUGCAAUCCUAAAUGGUUGGAUAAUAGAUCCUUUGCUACACCACUACUAAUAUCCAACUAUGACUUGAAUAAUGUCUCUUCUGUACUAGAUAUAUCUAGCUAGCUUGCUCUUCAUUGCUAGCAUAGCUGCGUGUGCAGCCAGGCAGGUUGGAAUUGGAUAGCUAGCGAGCAUUACAGAUCGACAAACAAGCCAAAAAGUAGUAUUCCGACUAGAUAUAUAACUAGCUAGCUAGCUUAGCUGGGUUAUCAACCUAAUGCCUGGGUUGGAAAAUAGCUAGCUUGUCACAUUCAAAAUCCUUAGCUAGCUAAGCAGCUUGAGUCACUCCCAGACUUUUGGUAAUGCAGUCCGUCCUGACCGUAAAACCAGUUAUUCAAACCUGACUGUUAUCGAUGACAACUAGUUGGCGCAAGUCUUUUAAUUACACACAGUGGUGAUGUCGUUUUCUCAACAAUAUUUCUGAUUUAUGUUGAUAAACUGACACUGCUUGCCUUGCCUCAACUACAGCAUGACACUUCACGAAAGUUAUAGCUCUUUUUAGUUUAUCUCAAAUAAAAUACAGAAAUGCAAACGCAUUUGGUAAUGUUCACACCAGGUUCCCACUCACACUAGAUAUGAGCCCACCAAACUUGUCUGUUUUUUCAGUGGCACAGGACACCAUACCGCAUGCAGUUGGUGUAUUGAAUUAGCGUUUCACCACCUUUGCUUCGUAGCUUGUAAUAAGUGGUAAAAGUGAUUUGUUUUGGCAAUUCGACAUGGUAGCUCAUAGAUCAUACGUCAGACAUCAACUCGGUUAUAGAUAGAAUACAUGAUUGUAUGAACAUUUUACAUUUUUAGCCAUUUAACGCAGCACUAAAUUGAAAGUUUCAAUUAGAUUCCUUUUUCUUUACCCAUGGUGGGCAGGACCUAAGCAGUUGCCAGGGAAGCAAGGCCUCAAAGGGCUGUUUUUCUCCAUUCAGUAGUGCACACCGUAGCAAAAGUUGUUUCAAUGGAAAAUAUAAACAAAAAUGUAUUUUUGCAAGUUCAGGUAAUCCCUCAAGCGCAUUUGUUUUCUGUUGCAAAAUGUUUUGCUACUGUGUGGCCUAAUGAAUAUGACCCAUGUCUCAGUGUUACUAGUGUAUGCUUCAGCAUGCCAUUUCUCACCAUUCUUUCCCCGGACGGUUAGCUGCGGGUGUGUGGCAUGACAGGGGAUGACGAGGCCAUCCAGAGCAGUUACAGGCUCCUGGGCGUGGUCUCCCUGCUGCAGCUGGCCCUCACGCUGGCCCUGCAGCUCAACAUCCACCGACAGAGAGCCCGGCAGGAGUGGAGACAACACAGGAACCUGCCUUCCAGGUACACUGUAGGAAGAAUAGUAGAUGUUACAGAAGUGUUUAUGGGGACAUUAGAAUGAUGCAAUAUGGAUACAAUUUGCCCCAUGCAUCCUUUUCAAUGUAAUUAUUGAGGUAUGCAUAUUAAUUUUGCAUAUACAUGUGUUACAGUUAACCCAUAUGUGUGUGUGUGUGUCCAGGUCCCAGUCUGUAGAGGAGACCAACUCACCCCGUGCCUCUCGCUGUAUCCUGUGCCUAGAGGAGAGGAGGCACUCGACCUCUACCCCAUGUGGCCACCUGUUCUGCUGGGAGUGCAUCACAGAGUGGUGUAACACCAAGGUGAGACUAUAGAUACAUUAAAUGACUACUGUUCUAUUUAAUUAUGUGGGGAAACACCACGUACGCUCUUUUAAGGGGGUAUGUCUACUAUAAAAGUGGCACAGUCCAGAAACUACCUCUAACCCAUAGGCACUUGUGUAGGUCUGACAGGACUGGAGGGGUAUAAAGAAUGACAAAUAUUCCACCUAGCUAGCAUGUCAGGUACUAUGAAACCAAGUUAAAAGCUAUAAAUGCAAUGCAUCGCUAUUGUUCUCUCUCCACAGACAGAGUGCCCUUUGUUUCGUGAGAAGUUCCAGCCUCCUCGACUAGUCUACCUGAGAAACUAUUAGCCGAAGAGCCAGAACCACUAGCGUGGCUUUUAUUACAUGGCUUCACUUCCUAAAUGACUGGAUCGCCACAUUGAACUGUUGAAUCGUUAAACACAACUGUGUCUUUCUUAGAGUUUAGCUAUCCCUGUUCAAGUUACGUCCGAAUAGCAGCUCACUUCAGAGAAUGCCCUGGAGAUCUUAUUUUGGGCCCUUGAUUCAGAUAUUACUGAAAACUCUGUAUCAAGAUAUCUCCAGUGUGAAACAAAAUGGAUAAAGCAUUUCAAAUUGUUUUCGUAAUGUUGCAGAAUAUUAUUGUCAAGAUCUGUACAGCUCUGUCCUCAGCCCUUUCAUUCUGUAUCAUGGAUACACACUGGAAUAAUUUGUGUGUAUUUUUUUUAUGGGAAUGCAUAAUGCAGUGCACUAUAUUGAGCAAUCAUUAAUUUUGAAAUGGUUUGCAUAUGAAUGAUGUUUGGAUUGUAUCAGUCUAAUUUAUCUAAAUUAAAACUUAAUAAAAUAUGAAUCAACUAUGCAACUUUUGUAAUAAACAAC